AUGGUCGAUUUCUCACUUAGAAAAGCUAAGCAUAACUGGAAGCAUAUAUCGUCUCCAUCGAAGGCCAAGAGCCAGCCUUCUUCGCCUACGAAGUUUAAGGCCAAUCCUUAUCAAGACCUCAAAGUAUCAACAGAUUACUCUCAAUUGCCAGAGAUUAACACAAAGGACAGAAACAAGGUGGGUACGUCGAUGCAGAGAAGGUUGUCUGUUCAUAAUCCAAAAUAUGUCCCACCAGUUGUUGACCACGCUGCCAUUCCCCUACCACAGCUAGAUCCAACUGAGUUCUCGGGGUCGAAACCUCACCAACCGGUAUCAAAAGAGGUACCAGCCAGGUCUAAAAGAAGAACUGGCGAUAUCUAUAAUGGUAAAAGUCUUCGACAGAUUUUAAGUGACCCCAAAUUCCAAGCGAAAGUAUUUGUAACUGAUAAUCUUGGCAAUGCAAAUGCUAUUGAAAUUGAUCAGUUCACUUCCAAUCUAAACGAUUUAUCGCUAGAGGUGGCUGAUGAGAUUAAAGACAAUAUUAAUAAGUCUUAUGCUGAAAUCCUACUUGUGAAUAUGGACUUGGAUAGCGCUUCAACAGAGCUCAGACAAUUAAGAUCCACUGUGAAUGAUCUGAAGGAGGUAAUGAAUGAAUUCCAGAUAAUGGCCGAGAAAAGGCUGCAAAUUGACAAGCAAGCAUUGGGUAGAACACAGCCCGAUAAUUCUGGACUUCUUCCUCCGGCAAAAACAUCAAAAAGAAGGGAUCGCACAAGUGUGAUGAUGUUGGAGAAAAUGUGGAAUAAUGAGCUGACAACCCUUUUUAAGUCGGUUGAGGGUGCUCAAAAAUUUAUAUCACUUCUACCUGGAAGACAUAUAUUGAUGGAGUCAAAUGAUUGGUUCGAAAUAAAUGCAGCAACGUUAAAGGCUUCCAGAAAUGUGCAUAUGUUUGUCCUUAAUGAUAUGAUCUUAGUUGCCGCACGGAAUCCAGAUAAGCAACAGCAUGAGUUGGUCGUAUCUCAAUGCAGCCCGCUAAAGGACAUCGGCAUCACCAGGCAAGGUGAAAACAGAUUGGCGAUCAAUUUUGCUAAUAGGAAUCAAGCCUUAUACCAGUCGCGAAAGAAGAAAGAAUAUGAUCGAUUUGUCUCUGUGAUAAGGCGAGCCAAAGAUGAUCUCAAGGAUAUAUUUCAAGCCGAGCAGGAAAACGUUAGGCGUAUAAGAGAUUCUUUCAAUCACUUACAGUCCACUCAGAACACGCCAGGACGCGAUUUUACACUGAGCCCAACGAAAGGUCAUGGGCGGAAUACUAGUUUGGGGAACAUGUCACCAAAGCCUCAGGAUUCUUCUAAUGAGCACAUGUUACUUCAAACGAUUACUGCUUCGAUGCGUUCGAAAUCUCUAUCGAGCGACUCUCGUUCUCUUUCAAGACGUCUACGUCAACUUGACGACGAGAUCGAAGAAUUUGACGUCCUCUUCGCUCGACACGACUUUAAGCAAAGCGUUCAAAAGUUGAAACUUCUGGAUGAAGCUUUUAAGCAAUUCAAUGAUGAGGCAGGAGCCGAAGAGUUGAUAUUGAUAGAUUUUCUUCGCUUGAAAGUAUCACAUAGACGCCAAAACCUGGUUUCUAAACUAUCUCAAGUUAUAUCGACUGAUUUAACGGAUGCAUCUAACCUCAUGUUAGCUGUAGAAACGUUAAUUUCCUUAGAUUAUCCAAAUGAUGCACUUGAACUAUAUUUGCAAAACAGGGGCAGGUACAUUCAAGAUCUGAUUUUACAAAUCGGGGCAUUUGAUAAUCCUACGAAUUAUUUGACCCAGAUUGCUGUCAUUAGAUUUCAAACAUUGAAGAAUGUUGUUUUCAGCGUUCAGCAUCUAUUCAAAAAUGAUGAGCGAGUAUACUCCUCGAUACUUGUGAAUUGGUGCAGUGAACAAGUAGAUAAACAUUUUUCAUUAGUGGAUAAGCAACUGCUUAAUCAUGAGAUGAUAUCACCAGCCUCCAUCAAAUCAUCUCGAAGGCAGAUUGAUGAGCUGAAGGUUGUGGGUAUGGACUUUGUUUACAAAUUGGAUGAUUUUAUAAGCAGAAAUGGUGAAAGAAUUCGGUAA